CCAUUAUCAACCGCCACGGACGAUGAGAAGACCUAAAAACAUGAGGGGAGCUUCUUCCGAAUACCGAACGCAUCUUCCUACUUCAACGUUAACCCAUGGCCAUGGAGGUCUCUUUCACCGAGACAUCCUUUUCCAGAUUCUGGUUCGACUUGGCGCUAAAUCAAGGGGGAAGCUAAGCUGCGUUUCUAAAUGUUUCCGUACCAUAUUGACCGAUCCACGUUUCGUCGAGUUUCAGCGAAAUUGGUCAGCAGCUCGUAACCACGGCACAACCAUUCGCUUCUCUAUUCAGACUAGGUUCAUGGCGGACCCACCCUGGUAUCUCAUGUUCAAUUCCACGCCAGAGCAGUUUUACACCAUAAGUUACGAAGAAAAUCAGAACGGAGAGUUCCUUCAGGCAAGUGUUUGGCAUACGGGCAAAGGAUGUUCCCAGGAUGGCAAAUCUGUGUCUUUUGCCAAAGAUCAAAUAUGUUUCUUCAACAAGCAUUUGAAAUUGAUGAUUUUUAACCUUAUCACAGGACAACAUACUACUCUCCUGGCAACUCCGUCCAGAAGCAGGCACACUUGUGCUUUCUUGGGUUACGAUGGCGUUUCGGGAACAUACAAGGUUUUGAAGGCGGACGCUAAUUGGAGGACAGUGAAAUACUGGGUGUUCACACUGGGUGUGGAUGAAACGUGGCGGGAGAUCAAGAGCCCUGUAUUCUUUUUCCUUAGCAUAAGUUUCACUCAUAGUGUUUGCAUUAACGGCGUGAUCUAUUCCUACAAUGUGCUCCGGUCGGCGACAUUAGGAGGAUGCUCUGAGCUGCUGGUGGCAUUCGAUGUUAGGUCGGAGAGUUUCCACCUGAUACCUCUUCCUCCGGAAACAUAUGCUAAAGAUGUCAUAAAAUCCUCGGUACUAGAACUCGGCGGGCAGUUUGCUGUCAUUAAUGUUCAUCAGAACAAGCAAAUAAUUGUUUGGACCUUGCAAACGGCAGCGAAAUCGCCAUCUCGCUGGAAGAAACGUGUUUUCCCCUUUCCCUUAGACAAAGAGAUUCUGGAGGCAGGUAGUGAAUUCUUUUCCAAAACCUCUAUUACCGCUACUUCAGCUGGGGAAAUCGUAUUGUUAAAGCUGAAUGGAAUACCCUCUCUUUGGGUUUUAUCCAAUAAGUUAGGGGCGGGAUCUGUUUGGAAGAAAUUUCGUAUUAAAGGAAUUGCUGAAUGUUCUACCUGUGUUAAAAUAUCAUCCCAAGCACUGCUUGCACAAAACAUUCCCGAGAAUCUCUUUCACUUGGAAUAAGAAAACGCCAUACUGGUCUGGUCUUCUCCACCUUACCUUCCAUUUCGUUAACCUUUUAUUUACUUCUUUAGUUUUUGCCUCUUAGCUAUUUAAUUAGAUAGUCAGAAUAUUCUUUAUGUCUGAAAGUAUAGCACAAUGCACCCAAUUGCUU